GUUGUCAAGAAACUGUUUUGUAGUUGAGUUAUAAAGUCUUUUGUGUCGUCCUUGCUAAUUUUCUAAGCAAAGUGUCCUUGUCUCUACAGAACCCAUUUAUCAUCAAACCAAUCUGAUCCAUAGAUCUGAUCCCGCUACCUACCUACGUUAGGCAUUCAGAUAUGAGUGACGAGGAUGAAAGAGACAGAAAGAAGAUGAAAAGAAAAACUGGUCCGAAUGAUUCAAAGGCUCCUGAGAAGAAGAGACAGAAAAUAAAAGACAAAAACGAAGAAAAGAGCAGCGCAGUCAAGAAAUCACGCGCUCCCGAUGGUAAAGCUGACUCUACAAAAACUAAAGUGGAGGUCUCUGGCAAAGACAAGGACAAAAAGAAAAAAAAGAAGGAUGAGAAAAACAACUCAUAUGAUGGCAAAAAUACUUCUGAAGUAAAGAGAAAUGAGAAAGGACAACUUGUGUUUGAAGACCACCCAGAGUUCACACCUAACAUGACUCCCAAAGAGGUUUUACAGGCAGGCAGUUUUGGGGGUACCUAUUUCAGGCCCAUCUACUCCAGUAUCACAAAGAAACAUUACAAAGAUGUUUGGCAGGAGCUUCCCGAAGACUGGUUGGAUGGACUGAACAUCUCUAAACAGGUGGCUUCAUCCACGUAUAGGGAAAAUGUGAACACGUAUAAAGUAAAAUGUGGAGGCAGUCUAGAGAUGUGGGAAAGCAGUGGGUGGAUCGUGACCCAGGAUCCAUACGGCUGGUUCCAGUGGUAUUGCAGGUUUUACCAGGGCAGACGAACUAUGGAUGAUGCACGGCAGAUCAGUCGCUGGGCCAAAUGUGCAGGAGUCAAAGGUCGGUGGCGGCAAAAUCUCAUCACUAAAGUUGUCCGGUCCGGUUGUGGUUAUGACAACUCCGGUGUUUCCCCGGUGGUCAGACAGACUCUACAGCACUGGGGCUACAAACUCACCCAGGAGGACUAUAAGGAAGGAGCAAAGAGAGUUAAACUCAAAUAAAAUGAAUACACUUUCAAAUUGGUCUCAUCUGAUUUAACACAGUGCAGAAGUGUGUGGAUCAAGCUGGCUUUAUUGCAUGGGCAUAAAUUGACAUAUCUGAUUAAAUAAUUGUUUAGGUUUUGUUGGACUGGGGGACUUGUUUAGCUUAGUAGACUUGUGGCAAUAUUACUGCUGUAUUUAGUUUCCAUUGGGCAUGGUUUCUGUAAGUGUUUUUGGGAAAUUAUUAUUUUUUUGAAUCCAAGGUAAAAGCAGACAAACUUUUACACAAUGUAAAAACUGUGUUCAGUUUUAUACCACAUGUGUCCUGGAGGAAUUUGAAGAAUGGAUCUGCGAUCUGAUCUGGCCAUUUUUAAAAUGAAUUUAUUUGUGACAGUUAUCGUUUUUUCUAUAGGUUUAUUUUUAAUAUAUGCUGUACAUGCUUAUGUGAUGUUUCUUGAGAGUGUCAUAUACAAACAUAUCUUUCCAGUCUGUCAUCUGUGAAUGCAGUUUAUUAAAGUCGCUUUUUUUGUAUCUGUUA